GAAUCAUGUCUACUGAUUCUGCUGAUCCCUUCUACUGGUUGCGAGUUAUCUUGGCCUCAAAUCGUGGUACUUUGAUGGAACUUGGCAUCUCACCUAUUGUCACAUCCGGUCUGAUUAUGCAGCUGUUGGCUGGUGCUAAGAUCAUUGAAGUUGGUGACACCCCCAAAGAUCGAGCGCUUUUCAAUGGAGCCCAGAAAUGUAGGAAAUCAAUUUUAUAUCAUUUAAUUAUGUUUAUUUACAAUCUUACAGUAUUCGGUAUGGUAAUCACUGUCGGACAAGCAAUUGUGUAUGUGAUGUCUGGUCUUUACGGAGAUCCUUCUGAAAUAGGAGCUGGUAUCUGUCUGCUUAUCGUUGUCCAGCUGGUCAUUGCUGGUCUCAUCGUACUAUUGCUCGAUGAAUUGCUCCAGUUAUUUGAAUCACCACGGACGGUAUUGCCCUUAUCACAGGUUCGAGCUCUGCGUGAAGCUUUCUAUCGUAACAACCUGCCGAACUUGAUGAAUCUCAUGGCUACGUUUGUCGUCUUCGGUGUCGUAAUUUACUUCCAAGGCUUCCGUGUUGAUCUUCCCAUAAAAUCGGCUCGCUAUCGCGGGCAGUACAGCAGCUAUCCUAUUAAGCUGUUCUACACUUCCAAUAUCCCAAUCAUUCUCCAAUCGGCACUCGUCUCCAAUCUUUACGUUAUCUCACAAAUGCUCGCUGCGAAAUUCGGAGGAAACUUCCUGGUUAACUUGCUUGGAACCUGGUCAGAUGCAUCAGGAAGCUAUCGUAGUUAUCCGACUGGAGGUACUAUUCCUUUUUUUAGUUUCGGACUUUCGAGAAAAUGAUU